AUGGCCUCCGGUAUGCCUGGGGUCACCCCUUCAGGAUCAUCAUCCGCAAAGAUGGCAGGUUCCACUCCAUCACGAAACCGGAGGAAAUCCCCACGCUCCUGGACCAGCUGGACCUACCGCAACUACCCGACACAGCGCACCCAAGGGCCGACCAGGCUCACCAACGAUCGCUGGCCAGCAACCUGCCCACCAGACCCGGUGAACGCAUGCACCGGAAUGCGGCUCUCAACCAGCCGGAAAACUCACCGCACUGAGAGGAAGCACGAACGGAGCAGCGGUCUGCGGCCCCCUACGCCCAUGCCCUCAGACGAAACCCCUGUUGGGACCCCCUAG